AUGAGAGUGUUUUUGGUCUUGAAUCUGCUCUUUUUCAUUUCCUGCAUCAAAUCUGAGGACCCAGAAAGCUCAGCAGGAAUAUCCAGCGAACCUUGGUCUGAUGAAAUCCGGGCUUUGCGAAUGGAGCUAACGGAAAUGCGAAAAGAAAUGUCAGACCUGAAAGAGAGAAUCAAGCAACUCGAAGACGAUUUAAAGAAAAAACCAGAAAAGUGCGAAUGUUCUCUAAGCGAGAUUACUGAAACUGAGUCAGAAGAAACUGUUCAAACUGAAAGAAAGGACCCGAAGAUACACAUCGGUUCCAUCAGAGACCUUCCGAAAGACAGCAAACCUCUUACAAGAAGAUUACUGAUUCAUCCAACAUCAAGUUCUUCAUCACCACCAAGAAUUGUACCAAAAAUAGCUUUCCACGCCGACACUCCAAAGGACCACUCCAACCUUGCUGCUCACCAUAACCUGAUCUUUGGCCACGCCAUCACCAACAUUGGAAAUAAAUACCAUCACUCCACAGGGGUUUUCACCCCUGAUGUUCCUGGCGUCUAUGUGUUCUACGUGCAACUAGUUAUGUGUGCUAAUGGGCAUAGUGUCAACACGGAACUAGUGGUAGAAGGAGUGAGGCGGACUGGACACUUCGUAUAUAGCAAGGAAUCGUGCGCCAAUGGAGGCGGAAUGACCAUCGUCCACGUAAAUGCAGGGGAUUCCGUUUGGGUUCGACUCUCGGCAUCAGAUGGGGUUAACGCGUUUGGGUGGGAGAGCAGCUUUUCUGGAUUUUUACUGUAUGAAGAUCAAUAA